GAUUUUCUCUGGCUUCCGACGCGGUUUGACCUCGGAGAACGAGCCUGGCUCCACUGACUUUUUCCGCCCGCUCCGGCGGCGGCGGCAGCCGAGGUCACCCGAGGCCUAGCCGAACUCCGCCGAACGUCUCCGAGCCGAGUUCUCCGGAGCCUCAGUGCCCGCCUCCUCCUGUCCGAAAGUGCCCGAGUGCUGCCGGACGGGCGAGUCGGGCCUCGGCCGUAGUCGACCGCCGCUCCGGCGCGCGGCGGGAGGAGCGAAGAUGGCGGGAGGGUGCAGCCUAGAGGCUGCUGGGAGCGCGGCGGACCCAGCUGCAAGAUGGCGGCCGCGCGGCCAGGUGUGAAUCUCACUUAGCCUGUUGGAUCUGACCUUAGGCUGCGUCAGGCUUCACUUCUGCCUCGCCGCUGUGCCCCUGGUGCAGGCUCUUCCCACUUUGGGUGUGGGAAGUCAGAGAUUGCCACAUCCUAGAAAGGAUGGAUGUAGAGGAAGAGGCCCAUCCAAGGUGCUCUCCUCAGUUCCUCUUCAGAUGCUGUUUCACCUCGGCGGGCUGUACUCUGCCCUAUAUUUCCUAGCUAUGCUUGCAACGAUCACAUAUAAAAGUCAGGUUUUCAGCUAUCCUCAUAACUGCCUGGUGCUGGAUCUGGCUCUCUUGCUUCUGAUGGGAGUUCUGGAAGCAGCUCGGCUCUACCUAGGCACAAAGGGCAACCUGACAGAGGCUGAGGUGCCAUUGGCUGCCAGUCUGGCAUUCACAGCAGGCAGUGGCCUCCUCUCUGUCCACUUCCUGCUCCGGCAGACAGUUGUGCUAUGGAUGGACUCGGUCCUCAGCGCCACUCUCCUGGUGCUGCAUGGGCUGGAGGCUGGCCUGCAGGUGGUGGUCAUUGCUGACUUCAUCAGGUAGACACACCAGCACAGCCUGAAUAGCAGCGUUCCUCCUCAGCUCCCAGCCAACUCCCCUGCUGCUGGACAAGGAGGGCCUCUUUCUUACUGAUUUUUUAUAGAUGGAUUUAGAUGGUUUACAAUUUUUUUUUUUUUUUGCAAAGUGGGUAGAGGAACCAGGGAGGGACAAAUGUCAGGGGCCUAGGUGUUGAGAAUGGUCACUGUGGGCAGCUAGCUCUUGAAUCCCAGGAAUGUCCACUCAGGCCCUGUGGCUGGGGG